GCGGGGUUUAUGACUUGUGGCUGUGGUAACUUGUGACGACCCUACGGAUGCCGCAGUAAAAUUGGUCGCGCUUGCGCAGUCCCGUUCCUCUUUUUCCUGGAAGUGCCCCUAAUCCAUCGCACCAUGGCAGACACUGAUCUUGACUUCACCAUCGGAGAGUCUGGCGCCUCCGCCACCAUUCCUAUGCAGUGCUCUGCCCUGCGAAAGAACGGCUAUGUGGUGUUGAAGGGACGCCCUUGCAAGAUCGUGGAAAUGUCCACCUCCAAGACAGGAAAGCACGGACACGCCAAGGUUAACAUGGUGGGCAUUGACAUCUUCACCAACAAGAAGUAUGAGGACAUGUGCCCCUCCACCCACAACAUGGAUGUGCCCCACAUCAAGAGGAAUGAGUUCCAGCUGUUGAACAUCACGGAUGGGUUCAUGUCCCUCAUGGGUGACAAUGGAGACGUGAGGGAGGACCUGCGUGUGCCUGAUUCAGACCUGGGCAAGGAGAUAGAGCAGAAGUUUGCUGCUUCAGAGGAUAUCCUGGUCUCUGUGCUGUCUGCUAUGGGGGAGGAGUGUGCUGUGGCCAUUAAGCAGAUGACCGGUGGCAAAUAGAAAGACAGGACUGACCUGCCCAGGCAACAAACUCCACCCACAACCAGUCUCUAGUAUUCUUAUUGGUUCUUCUGUCACCAAAGCGACGGCCUUCACAGACAACCUCAAUCAUUCUGUUGUGAUUACUCCUUUGUUUUUUCUCCCCCUCGUUUUUUGGUUUCUCUCUCCGACGCUGUCGGACUGUCCCAGCGUUACUGCGGCACGCUCGCUGUGUUGGCUGGCAUUCUGCCGGAUCACUGAGGUUUUGUUUAGUUCUACAUAAUCUACUAUAUAAAGAAAAGUACUUAUUGGUGAAAUAUAGAUUCUUUUUUUGACUUCUUCCUCAUUCCUGUUUAUUUUUGCCUUCGAGAUGUUUGUCUUGCCACAUACAUUCCUGAAUGUUUAAAAUAAUGAUGGGAUCCAG